UAUUACCAGACACAAACGAAAUUUUACGAGGACGCACAAGAAACAAACUUGCGACAUGGCAAUAUAUGACCGUAUUUGGAAAUACUUUGCAGGUCGUCGAACGUCUUAUUACCUUGGGGAAAUUGAUCGUGUUUGUGUUGUCUCAGGCGUUUGAAUCUGAUAUUCAAAAUCACUGUUAGCAAAAGGUGCGCAGGUCAUCGAAAGACACCAUGUACAAAUUUCAAACGCGAAAGUUUCUAAUGCGUAUUUUCUUAAGAUUAAUUAUUUAAUUUAUAUUUUUAUGAUUUGAAAAAACCGUUAAUUGGACAUUUUGCAAUCGGGAAAGACCAGGCUUCGGAGUUAAGUGGCACUUGCUGUUGUUUUGGAUAAAUAAUAAUAAUAAAAAUCUCCUGAGGAAUACAGUUUCGUUUGAUCUUUUUUACUGUUCCGGGAACAGACGCCUCGAAACAAUAUGGAACUUUGUGUGGAUUCCAAAUGACACGGUCUUUAAACAACUUUUAAAAUCGUAAAGCUCAAGACAGGACAUUUCACAACUUUGAGCCAACGAAAUGGUACACAAUCCAGACACCUUGGAUGACUCAACGGGAGUGUAUGGCCUGUAACGAUGUCCUCGGCGUGAUUCUGUGUAAACGUGCAGAGAUUCAUUUUACUUCGUAAAAAUUCAACUUUUGAAAAAGUUUGUCUUUUUCGGAUAUGGCGGGGUGCUGUCAGACGUGUCCGUGUUUCCUGACUGACGAAGAAAAGAAAGCCAUCGCAGUGGACAGGGAAAUUCAGUAUAUCCUCCGAAAGCAGAAAAAGAGGGAACGAAGGGAAAUUAAAAUCCUCCUGCUCGGCACUGGGGAGAGCGGGAAGACCACGUUCAUCAAGCAGAUGAGGAUCAUCCACGGGGAGGGUUACUCCGAGGAGCAGUGCAAGGCCUUCGCCAAGCUGGUGCACCAGAACAUCUUCAGCGCAGUGCAGGCCAUGACGGCGGCCAUGACGGCCCUGAAGAUCCCCUACGCCAACAAAGAGAACCAGAGGUACGCGAAGUUUGUGCAGGGGGUGGACACGCUGCAGGUCAGACAGAUGGAGAGGGGCCACCUGGUCGCCAUCCAGCGCCUGUGGGCCGACCCCGGCUUCAAGGUGUGCUACAGCCGCCGCCGGGAAUACCAGCUGCUGGACUCCACCGAAUACUACAUGGAAAAUUUGGACCGCAUAGCCGCCCCGAACUACAUCCCCACCCCUCAGGAUGUGCUGCGGGUUCGGGUUCCGACCACGGGCAUCAACGACUACUCCUUCAAGGUGACGAACGUCACCCUCAGGAUCGUGGACGUCGGGGGCCAGAAGUCUGAGAGACGCAAGUGGAUCCACUGCUUUGAGAACGUCAUGUCCCUCAUCUUCCUGGCCUCCCUCAGCGAGUACGACCAGGUGCUGGAGGAGCAGGAGACUGAGAACCGCAUGAGGGAGAGCCUGGCUCUCUUCUCCACCACCAUCCACUCCCGGUGGUUCGAGCACACGUCCGUCAUCCUCUUCCUCAACAAGACGGACAUCCUGGAGGACAAGAUCAAGACCUCGGACCUGCAGAACUACUUCCCUGAUUUCACAGGGAAGAGGCGUGACGCUGCGGAGGCCCAGAAGUUCAUAAAGGGCAUGUACAUGGAGCAGGCGAAGACCAACGGCAAGCAGAUGAAGAACCUGUACUGCCACUUCACCUGUGCCACGGACACGCAGAACAUCCGCAAGGUCUUCCAGGACGUGAAGGACACGGCAAUCCAAAGGAUCGUAGACGACUACUUGACCUAGAGCCGGGGGGGUACAUAAAGGCUUUCGGCUCAGGAUGCGUCCCCCGGAGACCCCUAGAGUGUAGCGGUCGCUUGGUCACCCCUUAGCACCACCUGCACUCAGCUUUACAAUGGAGUCCCGCGAGGUAACACCAAACAAGCCUCGAAAUGUCUUCUGAAUGUGGUUCCCUCUCUCUCUCUCUCUCUCGCUCUUUCUCUAUCUUGCUCUCUCGCUCUUCCUCCGCUUCCCUCUCCCUCUCUCUCUCCAGUGUUUGUACUGGAGGGAGGCACCAAAAACCAUUUCGAUCUCAGGCGUCGCAGAGUUUCUCCACAGAGGAUAAAGCCCAUAACUUCGCCGUGGCAGCCUGGCUGGGCUGCCAUGCCGUGGUUUCCUAUAGGUGUGACUUUUGAGUGACGGCUCGGCCUGUUUAACGUGUGACCUCACGACCCUGUGAAUGAACCAAUCACAGGGCUAGAGGGCCCCUUUUGAACAAAAACAAAAAUAAAUAAAAUCCAGUCAUUUUUAUUGAUAGACAGGUGAUGAAGAAGCAGAUCCCAGACGGCCAUUGUGUAUGCCUCCAUUUUGUUAUAAUAAGUUCAAUAACGCAACCCACUCCCAUUACAUUGCGGGGGACGGUGGGGCACGUUACUGGCUGUCUGUAUUCACGGCUCCGCGAUGGGCAUCAGUGGAUCAAGAAAUCAAAAAUCACCCCCCCCCCCCCAUCAGAAUGCUUUAAACGAGGAUGGUAUUUACACCUUCGAAAGCCGAAGCUGCUAAUUAAGCUCUCUGCCAAUCUCCAGUGGAGUUGUCGAAGGCAGAAGACUAUUAAAAGAUCUAAUUAAAUUCCCGCCAUCCAGUUAAGGACGCAAUUAAGUGACUGAGGCCCAAGCCGAAGCGACUGGGGUACCGUCACCUCGCCGUGGGCGAUCCUAGACACACGCGCUGGACCCCAGGAGCUGACCUAACGGCGGGGUAGUGGGACACCCCCCCCCCGAUCGAUGCGGCCUUCAAAAUUCGGAACGGCUCUCCUGUGGAUCGCUCCCGCGCCUGCACUGAGGAGCUGGCACCCGACGGUGGCGCCGUCGUCGGCGCCGUGGUAAGAUUUUCCCCUGACGGCGACUUGAGCCGCCGUCCCCCGACUGGGCGUGCGUGUUGACAGUGUCGCCUGGUGGUGUCUUCCCCCCCCCCCAACACCCCUGGGCUGCUGUGAAACGUGCUUCGCCACGCCCCACAAACGGUUCAGCGGCAAUCGCGUUUUUUAGUCGUUUUCCACUGCACCAACUGCCAAAAAAAAAAAGCGCGCGGCCGAAUUCGGGAAGGGAACGCUCCGUUCCGUUUCCUUCCAAAAACGGCUGUCGCGUGCGCCACGAGAGUCGGGUCGCCACAGCUCGCCGCAUCCCGCCAAGCCUCCCCCUCCCCAAACUGCUCCGAUCUGCAAGAGACUGUUCCCUGGUCUUCAGUGCACACGGACUGCAGGAGAUCACUUCUCAAAAUCCACCUCCCGUUUUUUUUUUUUGCUUUAAUGAAUGCGAAUGAGAAUAAUAACAGUUGUAUUAGUGAAGCCCGUUUGGUUUGUCAAAAACGUAGACCUUUGCCAGGGGUGGAGCACGGAACUUCAGCACGAGACGGAUUAGGGAUGGUUUUUGGCGGGAGAAACCGUUAAUUAGGCCUGCAUAUUCUACCUUAUAACGAGACCCAGGCGGCAGCGUAGCACAGUGGGUAAGGAACUGGGCUUGUAACCGAAAGGUCGCAGGUUCGAUUCCCGGGUAAGGACACUGCCGUUGUACCCUUGAGCAAGGUACUUAACCGGAAUUGCUUCAGUAUAU